AUGCGGUCACAGCAUAUCGUGCCUGGAAUUGCGCAGAUCUCGAAACUAAGCGGCUGUUUCGGUCAGCUUGCAGACCUCAGUAUCGCAGUUCGACGUUCGGGAGGCGACAGAAACGAAGUCUUGAUCUACCAUAUGCUCGGUGGCCUUCCAAAACUCCAGACGCUAGAACUUUGUUUGGUCCCUUCACCACCUCGCAUCUUCCCCUCCGAUCAAUGGGAGUCACAACCAUUUACGGCUGAAGCCCACAGUCCGGUCCGAAAUGGCCAUGUGAAAGACUUGCUCAUCAAUAUUGCUCUGGACGAGGCGCUCGCACGGAGCAUCUUCGACGCUAUAUCCUCAGCCAAAGGCUCAUCAUCCCAUCCGCUAGAGCGUCUGACAGUUCACCCGUUUGGAGGCCAAGUGGCCACAUUAGGCUGGCCCAGCGUGAUCGACACGGACUUGUUAAUGGUCACAGCAGUCAUCGGGCAUUUGUGGGAAGUAAAGAGAGGAGAACGUGAUGAUGAUGAGACAGAUGCUAUUUGCGCAUAA